AUGGGGGUGACAGGUGCAAUGCUCCAGGUCCUGCAGACUUUCCACACUGCAUGUGAGCUGACGUUAGAGAGCUGUUUCAUAGAGCAUAGGCCAACUGUCUACAGAGAUGGGGACCUGGUCCUGGGUGGGUUUUUCCCCCUUUACACUUGGGCUUUGGAAGAACGGAUAGUCCGGCUAUCUUUUCUGACACAGCCCAUUCCAGAAGAGAACAUCGAAUGGUGGUUCUGGAAGAACUACCAAUAUGUAUUGGCUUUUCUCUUUGCCAUUGAGGAUAUUAACAAGAGCCCCCACCUGCUCCCCAACCUUUCCCUGGGCUCUGAUCUCUACAAUGCCUUUCCCACUCAACAAAGGACCUUGGAGAGUGCUGUGAUCUUACUCUCAGGAGGGAGUCAGCCUCUGCCCAACUACAACUGCCACAGAAAGAAGCAGCCUAUUGCUGUCUUCUCAGGAACCACGUCAGCAUUUUCAGCUGAGCUUGGAAGCCUUCUAGAGCUCUACAGAAGCCCACAGAUCACGUAUGGUCCUUUUGAUCCCAUCCUAAGCAAUAAAAACCAGUUUUCAUCACUCUAUCAAAUAGCCCCAAAGGACAGUUUUCUGACCCAUGGGAUCAUUGGGCUAUUGCAGCACUUUGGCUGGACAUGGGUAGCACUCUUUGUACCUGGUGAUAUGAAAGGGGAGCAGUUCCUUCAGGAUCUAAAAGCACAGAUGCUUAGACAAGAUAUCCUCCACUCAUUUCUGAGGAAAACCAUCUUUACAAACAGCGCUGGGGACAACAUGUCUUUUGGUGACAAGGAACACUACAUGGCCCAGUAUGAUAUCCAGAACUUGGUGAAGUUUCCUAAUAAUAGUUGGAUGCUGGUUAAAGUAGGAGAGUUUGUCUCUAAGAAUCCACACGAUCGAGGUUUGGUCAUCGAUAAAGAGAUGCUGAAAUGGCCUGAUGUAUUCCAAGGGACUCCUCCAUCCGUGUGUACCCAGAGCUGCGCUCCUGGAUUCAGGAAAAUUUCCCAAGAGGAAAGACCCACCUGCUGCUUCCUUUGUGUUUCUUGCCCUGAGAGAGAGAUUUCCAACUGGACAGAUGCACAGCAGUGUUUCCCAUGCCCGGCUGAACAGUACCCAAACAGUGAGAAAACUCAUUGCCUCCCUAAGCCUGUCACUUUCCUGGGCUUUGAGGAUUCUCUGGGAAUGGCUCUGGCCUGCACAGCCCUCUGCUUCUCUGCGGUCACAGCUGUGGUUUUGGGCUUGUUUGUGAAGCACCGAGACACUCCCAUCGUCAAGGCCAAUAACCGGGCUCUCAGCUUCACCCUGCUCAUCUCCCUCCUGCUGUGCUUCCUCUGCUCCUUGCUCUUCAUUGGCCGUCCCAACACAGCCACCUGUGUCCUCAGACAGGUCACAUUUGGGCUGGUGUUCACUGUGGCUGUUUCCACCAUUUUGGCCAAAACCAUGACUGUGAUUCUGGCAUUCAAGGCCAUGACACCUGGAAGAACACUGAGAUGUUUGUUGCUGUCAGGGGCCUCUAACUCAGUCAUUCCCCUCUGCUCUCUGAUUCAAGUGAUUAUCUGUGCAAUCUGGCUGGGAUCCUCUCCCCCUUUCGUUGACACAGACUCACACUCUGAGCCCAGAAGCCUCAUCAUCGUGUGCAACAAGGGCUCAGUCACUGCCUUCUACUGUGUCCUGGGCUACCUGGGCUCCUUGGCCCUGGGGAGCUUCACGGUGGCCUUCCUGGCCAGGAACCUGCCUGACACGUUCAAUGAGGCCAGGUUCCUCACAUUCAGCAUGCUGCUGUUCUGCAGUGUCUGGGUCACCUUCCUGCCCGUCUACCACAGCACCAAGGGGAAGGUCAUGGUGGCCGUGGAGGUCUUCUCCAUCUUGGUCUCCAGUGCAGGGCUCCUGGGCUGCAUCUUUGCCCCCAAGUGCUACACUAUUCUCCUAAGACCUGAAAAGAACUCAUUGAAAGAUUUAAAGAACAGAAAAUUUUCUAGAGGAAAUGAGGCCUGA